AUGGGCGUAAAAGAAUUCCUCAAGAAGCGGUCCCUGCGCCAAAAGGACAAUGUGCGGACGAACGCGGCCGAGCUGACUCUGAAGGAGUCGCUCUUCCCCAUCUUCUUGGUCACCAUCCUGUUCUUCCUAUGGGGCUUUUCCUACGGCUUACUUGACACUCUGAACAAGCAUUUCCAGGUCACACUUGGCAUCACUAGGGCCAGAUCGUCCGGCUUGCAAGCCGCUUACUUCGGUGCCUACCUCCUCGCCAGUUUGGGUCAUGCAGCCUGGAUUUUGAGACACUGGGGCUACAAGGCCACCUUUGUGUUCGGCUUGUUCCUCUAUGGACUCGGCGCCGUCAUCGCGAUACCGUGCAUCAUCGCAAAGAGCUUUGGUGGCUUCUGCGCUGCCAUCUUCAUCAUCGGCAAUGGUCUGGGAUCCCUCGAGACGGCCGCAAACCCGUACAUCACUGUGUGUGGCCCGCCGAAGCAUAGCGAAAUCCGAAUCAAUAUCUCCCAAGCCUUCAACGGUAUCGGCACCGUUGUGGCCCCCGUCAUGGGAUCAUACGUCUUUUUUAACUUCGACGACGAACGUGCUUUAUCGAACGUCCAAUGGGUCUACCUUGCAAUUGCCGUCUUCGUUUGGUCUCUAGCCAUCGUCUUUUGGUUCUCCCACAUCCCUGAGAUCACUGAUGCCGACAUGGAGUUCCAAGCCUCCGAGACUCACGCCAACACCGAUGUCAAGCCCUUCCGCAAGCAGUACCGCCUCUUCCAUGCAUCCUUCGCUCAGUUCUGCUACACCGGUGCUCAGGUUGCUAUUGCUGGCUUCUUUAUCAACUAUGUGACUGAGCGCCGAGCGGACACUGAUGAUGCGUUGGGUGCCAAGUUUCUGGCUGGUGCCCAAGCAGCUUUUGCAGUCGGACGUUUCGUCGGUGUCGGUAUCAUGCACUACCUCAAACCUCGCUUGGUCUUCAUCGGCUUUCUCACCUGCUGUGUGAUCUUCAUCGCCCCCUCAGUCACACAACACGGUAACACCGGUAUGGCGAUGCUUUACAUUGUUCUCUUCUUCGAGUCAAUCUGCUUCCCAACCAUUGUGGCUCUGGGUAUGAGAGGUCUUGGCAGACACUCGAAGCGAGGCAGUGGCUUCAUCAUUGCUGGUGUAUCCGGUGGUGCAGUUGUCCCUCCUUUGCUUGGUGUUGUGGGCGAUCACAAGGGCAUGGGAAUUGCCAUGGUCAUCCCCCUCAUCUUUUUCGUCCUAGCAUGGAGUUAUGCUUUCGCCGUCAACUUCAUUCCCUCCUACCGAAAUGUCGUCGAUGCUUUCACAGAGACCGAAGUCGGCAUCCGACCCGUCGAGGAGGAGAAAGGAGGAAUUGAGGCCAUCGAGGAAAAGCAGACCAAGAACGCCACCCCCACGUUGCCGUGA